CCUAGCGCCGCCGCAGCCGGAGCCCGGAGCCCCGCGCCCGCCCGCCCGCGCCCGCCUCUCCGAUGGGCAACCUGCUCGGCGGGGUCGGCGUGCGCGAGCCCACCACCGUGGAGGACUGCGACUCCACCUGGCAGACGGACUCGGAGCCCGAGCCCGAGGAACCGGGGCCGGGCGGCGGCGAGGGCCCGGGGCGGGAGCCCGCGCAGCCCCCGGAGCCCUCGGAGCCCCCGGAGCGAGCCGGCGGCCGGCCCCGCGCCAGCCCCGCGCCCGACCGGGACGCCGAGGCGGCGGGCGCCGAGCAGGGGGCUGAUUCCACUGAAGUAUCUGCCAAACCAAAGAGAAGUUUUUAUGCUGCGAGGGAUUUGUACAAAUACCGACACCAGUACCCACAGAACUUCAAAGAUAUCCGAUACCAAAAUGACUUGAGCAAUCUUCGUUUUUAUAAGAAUAAAAUCCCAUUUAAGCCUGAUGGUGUUUACAUUGAAGAAGUUCUCAGUAAGUGGAAAGGAGAUUACGAGAAGCUGGAAUACAGCCACACCUACAUCCAAUGGCUUUUCCCCCUGAGAGAACAAGGCUUGAACUUUUAUGCUAAAGAACUAACUACGUAUGAAAUUGAGGAAUUCAAGAAAACAAAAGAGGCAAUUAGAAGAUUCCUCUUGGCUUAUAAAAUGAUGUUGGAAUUUUUUGGAAUAAAACUGAUAGAUAAAACUGGAAAUGUUGCUCGGGCUGGUAACUGGCAGGAAAGGUUUCAGCACCUGAACGAGUCUCAGCACAACUAUUUAAGGAUCACUCGUAUUCUGAAAAGCCUCGGCGAGCUUGGAUAUGAAAGUUUUAAAUCUCCUCUUGUAAAAUUUAUUCUUCAUGAGGCUCUUGUGGAAAAUACCAUCCCCAAUAUUAAACAGAGUGCACUGGAGUAUUUCGUGUACACAAUUAGAGACAGAAGGGAAAGGAGAAGACUCCUGCGGUUCGCCCAGAAACAUUACACGCCCUCGGAGAAUUUUAUCUGGGGACCACCCAGGAGGGAACAGCCCGAGGGCAGCAAAGCCCCGAAGACCCCCGCCCCGCCCACCUCGGGGCAUCCCAGCCAGAUGUCUAUGCACAAAAAACCCAAGGACUCCAAAAAUCCCUCUGCAGCUGUGCGUGUAAAUAGCAAAGCUGCCGAAGACAAAAAAGUGGCACCUAGGGAGCCGGGGGAGGAGACAGACUGGCCCAGCUCAGAGGCCGGCAGUGAGGCUGCCAGGCCAGGAGACCCAGAGAGAGAGGGUGAUGCCGACAAUUCCAGUCUUCAACCAGAAGAGACAGUUGCUCAUGCGCUGGAGGAAAAGGAGGGUGCGUCUCCCUCUGAAAAAGAUGAAGAGGGGGAAAACCAUAACAAAGACUGUGAAAGUCCUGGAGAGACAGGUUCCCACGAUGACGCACUAUUACAGUGAAUUAUCAGGAAGCCCACAAACCCGUGAGGCCACGUUUUGGAGGGUAGCCGGCUGUUGGCGAUCUCUGUUGUAAGCAGUUAGUUGUCACUUGGUUUUGAUUUUGGAUGACAGUGAAUUUAAUAUUUAACCAGAAGUCUGAAGACAGGACCCAAUUAAUGAAUGUAUUCUGUGACACUUUGGGGAUGUGAGUUUUCGAAUCCUGUACGCGACAAUUACUUUUAAAUUAUUUUCAAUGUAUCUGGAAAUAAUCAUGUAGUCUUCGAUAUAACAAAUACAUUCUUUGGAGAGACUCCACUCUACAUGAAGAAAAUCAAGAGGACAAUUUCGUUAGGUUGCCACCCCUUUGCCCGAUUUAUGGAUUCCUUUUUUUUGUUUAAGCUGCGAGAAAGACUUUGGUCUUCUCAGAUGUAUUCGGAAGAAAUUGGGAGUUUUUUCAUUACAGCACCUCAGCAUGCUUAUUUUUAGUUUCUGGUAAGUGGGAUGGAUGUUCUUGGGGAGAUAUACUUGCCCCUCCCCGUUUGUCGGUCCUGCUGUUUUUCCUCUUCCCCUCUCCAUUCUCUCCCUCACUGGCCACCUGUGUCGGCUGGCACGUGCAUUUCUAGUGUACAUUCGGAUGAUCUGCUACAGUGACAUUUAUGUGGCAUAGAGGGGACUGUCGGCUGUAUUAUUUCAAGAAUUUGCGUUGUUUAAAAUAGUAAAAAUGGUUUUCUGUGUUAAGUGCUUAAAAACAAAUUUUGAUGCAAAAGUCCAAGAAGAGGAUUUUGCCUUCUAUGGCUGUUCUGUACAAAUUUGGUGCUUGUUUCUGAAUGCAAAUGACUAAAGAAUUAAAAAAUAAGAAAGGAAAUUACUCGUUUUCAAAAGGCAUGCAUCUGGCACUGGCAACAAGGCAGUGGUCCCUAAAACCAUGAAUAUCUCAGUGUUAUGCAGACUAUGACAUUAAUAUGGCUUAGUCCACAGUAUAUCUUUAGAAAAAAUACAAUCUGCUGCAUCUCGAAGUUGUCAAAGCUCGAAAUUGAGAACAGACUGGACAUCCCAUAUAUUCAGUUUUAGUAAGCACUGAGUGUGUUAAUAUUGGGUAAGAGCAAAUAACUUUCUUGCUUAUACUAUUAUUACUAAUUAUUACACUUUCGAAAACAAUUGAACACUGCGGUGAGAACUUCAGAGCAUACGUACAAAUAUAGUGAAAGCAAUUCACGGAAAAAAAUAUUUUUCACUUCAUUUCAUUUAGAAAGGAAUUGGCUUUUGUGUGUUUCUUAGGCCCUUAAGGGAAGUUCUGUUCACUUUAACCCUCAGAGAAUUUUUACUGUGUCCUAUUUUUAAAUCACAUUAUGUCAUCUUCUGUUACCUUUAUUGAUCAGAGGAUUUUUAGCAGAGGGUUUCUAGAAAAUAAACACACAAGUAGUAUGCUUUAGAAGGGUUUCAUUGCCUUGAAGUUUACGUGAAACAUCACUGUUGCUCAAAUCUGACUUAUUUUAUAUGAAUGUUAGUAACGCUCGUGUUAUAUAUUGUAUUCCAAUAAAUAUAGAAUAUUUUCUCACUAUCAUUUCUCAUAAUAUGACAGUUUUUGCUUUCUACUGUUUUGUGAAGUAAGCAUUAGGAUUUGGGGAAACAAUUCUGCUUUUGCAUUUCAAUUUCUUGGUUUUUUACAUGGACCCUCUAAUGGCCCCAUCGAGCUCAAUAAACAGUUUUACAGCUUAGGGCGUGAGAGUAGGUUGUCACAUUGGGCUGAAUUGUAGGAAUAUGAUCCAUUUGAAAUACCUUACCCAUUUUGCAUACAUGAUAAAGUGUUCACACCACUUUCUAAGUGCAUAAUGUUAAAAUUUUGUGACCAGAUAUUAAAAUAUUAAGUGGACAGAUACUAAAAUAAAUGGAUAUAAUCUGAAUCACUUAGAAACUAGUAGUAUAUCAGAACCCUUAGAAGUAAAAAUGUUUCAUUCAAUAAUUUAACUUUUAGCAUAUUCCUAAUUAGGGAUUUGAUUAGAUUGUACUGUUUACUUUGAGAAUAUUUAGUCUCAAGGGAAAACUGCCUGGCUUCCACUUAAAACAGUGGCCUUUUUCUACCAUGUUGUUUUGAAAUGCAUACUCACGUGAAACAGUAUGAUUCCUACGUUUAAUCUGUAAAUCACUUAUGAGAGAAUUCUUCAGUGGAAACAAGUGAGAGGAUGGCAUUCCUUUUGCAGAUAAAAAUUAUGAACGUCCAGAGUUUUUUUCUGUUAAGAAUACUCUGCACAUUCAAUAGUUUUAAAAUAAGAUCUAUAGGUGUGUCUUUAGGUGUGUGUGUUACGACAUGAAACAACCCUCUGGGUUUGACUGUGAUGUCUUGUAUUUUUAAAAACUACCAUGUGCUUGCAGAAACUUACUAAGAAGCUGUUAUAAAAAUGCAGUGGAGCAUGGCCAAAUAACUAGAAACUUUACUGAAUUUUUGUGAAUAUAUAGACUUUAUCGUUGUACCACGACUGUGAGGAUACUCAGUAUUGGCUAUUGAUAAAAUACUAAUUUGCAUUUCACGCAAAUAGAUGUUAUACCGCCUGGUUAGUCUAAUAUAUUUCUAAUAUUUUGUGCUUUCAUAUCCCAAAGAAGACGAUAUAUGUGAAAAUAUUUUGAAAUACUGUAAAGUGAUAUAUAAUGACAAGAUAUAUUUCUGUAGAGAAAAAGUUUAUAACCUUAAGAGUAUUGUACCAUUUACAUUCUCAUGCUCAAUCUCAUAAGAAGCUGAAAAGAAUCAUGACAGAACUGAAGAUAUGUCUGCUUUCUCUAAGUCAGGUCCAGUUCUCAGUUCAAAAAUUAUUUGGUAUAGUUUUAUUCUGAAUUUUAGUUUUGAGAAGCAACCUUUUUCAGUUUC